ACGGCCGGGCUGGCCGUACGGCGCCGGGCCGGGCCGGGCCAGGCCAUGGGCAGCGUGCGCUGGGCCUUUCCCUGCGGCUCCUGGCGGCCCCGCCGCCGCGAGUGGCUGCUUGCCGCGAGGCUGGUGCAGCCCGAGGAGAAGGAGCGCAUCGGCCAGUUUGUCUUUGCCCGCGAUGCCAAAGCCGCCUUGGCUGGUCGCCUGCUAAUGCGAAAAUUAAUUUCAGAAGAGCUGUGCAUACCUUGGAAUGAAGUGCACUUACAAAGGACAUCAAAAGGAAAACCUUUCCUGGCCAAUAACUUACUCGGUAUCAAUUCAAAUUACAACUUCAAUGUUUCUCAUCAAGGAGAUUAUGCAGUCCUUGCAGCUGAGCCUGAGCUUCAAGUUGGCAUUGAUAUUAUGAAGACCGAUUUACCAGGUAGUAGCUCAAUUCCAAAUUUCUUUCACAUAAUGAAGCGACAGUUUACUGAAACGGAGUGGGAUGUAAUCAAGUCUAUGAGUAAUGAAUGGAUGCAGCUGGAUAUGUUUUAUCGGCACUGGGCCUUAAAAGAAAGCUUCUUAAAGGCCAUUGGAGUUGGAAUCGGCUUUAAUUUGCAAAGAAUUGAAUUUAAUGUGUCUCCAUUGCAACUGGAAAUAGGGAAGGUGUAUAAGGAGACAAAAAUGCUUCUGGAUGGAGAAAAAGAAGAGGAGUGGACAUUUGAGGAAACCCGCUUGGAUGACCAUCAUCAUGUUGCAGUGGCGCUUGGGAAACAGGAGGGAUUUGUGCAGAAGGAUUCUGAGGGCCGAGAAGAAGGCUUAUCUUAGGCACAGUAUUAACCAGAACCAAGCAGUAUUACUGAAGUGUUUCCUCUAGUUCUGUUGUGCCUGGUUCAGGAAAAGUCUGUGAAGGAGAAAUAGUUUCAGAGGACAGCAACAGAUAAUGUCAAGUCUGUAAUGCAUGUAUUCAAUGUGUUCAUUCAAGAGAAGAUUAAGUGAUUUUUGUCACAGCCUGCUAGUACUCAUGUGGGAAAGAUGGUUUUCACAGAGGGAAAUGGAAACAGUGAACCAAUCUGGACUGCUAAACUUGUAUGACACCUCACCAAUUUGAUUUUAGUGGGCGACUGUCAGUGUGUGUAUCCCAGAGCAGAUCCAUUGCUCAAACACCAUUAUGACAAGAUAACCCUUGAGACAAACAACAACAACCAACAGAUGGGAAAAACAGCAGUGUUAGUCUUCAUUCCAUGUGGUGUCUCUAUUGAGAGAAAGAGAAAAGCUACUUAAAAGCUUUUCAUGUUUUUCUGUGUAAUUUAAAAAAGACCUCAGUUGUGAAAAUAGCAAUAAAAGUCAAUUUUAAGGGAGUGGCAGACUGACAAGUUGUAGCCAAAACAGCCAGACAUUCAGCAAAUGAGAGUGUGACAAAUUGCCAGAUUUUUCUCUGGCUUUCUAGUUCUCAUCAAUAUAUAUUUUUUUAACAGAUAAAUAAAUAUCUGUUAUUUAGAUACAAAGUUUCUACCAGGAACUAGAAAAAAAAAAAGAGAAAAUUAGUAUAGGAAUGGUUAAAAGCAUGAAAGUGUGCAUUACUAUCUAUUAUGGUAACAAAGUCUAUGUUCAUGGAUAACAAAGGGAGUCAGACCUUGUAACUAGUAUUGGUUAGACUGAGAAAAAGAUAUAUUAAACUCCCUCUGGGGAUUUAUUGUGAAAAAUUGGUGGGCAAAUAUUUUUAAAGAAAUUAUGUUCAUUCUUUUUGUCAGUUCAUACUUAAGUUCCUUGUGGGGUUGCACAUUAUCCUUCUGACAGGAGUACUGAUAACUCUAAAUCUGAAGUGAAAAGACGUGGCCAUUAUUUCAAAAGACAAUUACCUAAGUAUUCUACAGGAGUCCAGGAUUUUAAAGCAUUGACCUUCACCAUCAUGGUCACUUACCUUAAACGUAUCAUAAUAAAAAUAGUCAUGAUAUCAAAGGUUAUGAUGAAAAGUGUUUGAAUCAAGAGGAGUCUCAAAGGCUUACUUGUCCACUGACUAAACUUAUGAUGACCUAAAUUUCAUUAUCUCAGUUCAAUGAAGAAUGGACAUUUUAAGCAGAACAAGAUCUCAUUCAUUCUGAGUAAGGAAAUUAAGUGAAAAUGUAUGUACUGUUGCACUGUGCCUUUUCAGGCUUCCUUCUAACAGGAACAUGGAGGAAAUGAAAGUUACCUUCUUUUUUUGUAAAACAACCAUAAAAAGGAUUCUAUUUAUUACCAAAUGUGUCAAAAGAAAAAGUUGUUCAUUCUAGCUUAAUGUGUGUGUAAAUGUUACCCAGUUGUUUCAGGUUGUCAGUGUUUGUGUCUGUUCCCUCUCUGCAAUCACAGGAGUAAUUCAUUAUGGCCUGUUUGCAGAACAUCUAUUUUCAGCUUUCUUCACAAAAUGAUAGUAUGUACCUACAAUUCCCAGGAAAGAACCAUUGUUAUGUCAAUGUACUGUAAUUAAAAAUCUGUAGUGUCAGGAGUCUUAUCAAAAUGCUAGUGACUGCUAUAUAUGCUUGAUUAAACAGAACAUAUAUCUGUGCUCUUAACCUAGAUCUAGACAUUUAUCUGAGGUUAGUCUCCAUAAAAGAUGGCUGAGUUUAAAAUUCUUUAAAUAAAUAAAUCCUGUGUAGGAUAUAAAGUGUCUUCUGUCUAUCACUUGCUAUACUUCACAAGAGUUGUGCUGCAUUCAGUCAGGGCACAUUUCCUUCAGACAAGCACGUGCUGAAGUUCUAACUACAUCUGUUAACAACUACUUAGCUCGGAGGCUUGGUUCAUAUUUGGUAUCCAUCUGUAAUGUCACUUGAAUGGCUCUAGGCACCAUUCCUGCAGCUUUACCUCUCCAAAAUGUCAGAUGAACAGAAAUGUCUCAACACCAUGUCACUUGUGUAAGGACAUAAAGGGAGAGGUGACUCAGCCUCUUUUACUUUCACUCUGCAUUGACAGCUAAGAGUUUUUCUGUGCUGUUGCAGCAAGCACAAACCAUUUUGUUUUCUCUGCAUUUAUUCCUAAUAGUAACCUACUGCUCAAAUACUGAAUUGGAGAAAUUUUGCUUUUUGCCUAUUUACUGACCUAUCUUCAUUAAUAUGGCAGAAAGGAAUAACAAAAUCCUCAAAACUGACCUUGGACUGAGUCACCUCCUGCACUUGGAUAUAAGCAAAAAAGGAUCAUCCCCUCCACUCUCAAGAGAGUUCCAUCUCAUUGCAUAUGAAGUCAGGCAAAAGACCAGAAGGUCUGCAUGGAUGAACAGGGAGCUUGUAGCCAGUCUUGGACAUACAAAGAGAAGCAUACAGAGGGAGGGAGCAAGAAUGAGUAACAUAAGAAUACAGAAAUACUGUCUGAGCAUCCAGGGAUGAAGUUAGAAAAGCUAAAACCCAAACAGAAUUUAAUCUGACCCAGGGAUAUUCAAAGCAAAACAAGAACCACUUCUGUAAAUGCAAAGAAGCCAAAUGGAGAGGUUUUGCUCAGCAAGAUAAAUGUUAAAAGAGGCUGAAGUGCUGAAUGCCACCUUUGUAUCAGUAUUUAUUAGCAAGGCUGGCUGUCAGGAAUCCCAGGUUGCAGGGAUGAAAGAGGAAGAAGGCAGGAGGAUGUGACCUUGGAGGAAGAGGGUUAGGUCAAGGACUGUUUGAGCAAACUGGAUGGGUGUAAGUCAGUGAAUAUUUAUGGGAUACAGCUGGCAUUUCAAGGCCCCUCUCAAUAAUCUUUGGAUGAUCAUGGGGACUGGAAAAAGUGCCCAAAGACUGGAAAAAAACAUGGAAGAAGGAGGACCCAGGCAAUGGGUCUGACAGCUUCACCAUGAUUGCUGGAAAGGUGGCAGAACAGCUAAUUCUGAAGACUAUUUCCAGGCACAGAAAGGACAAGGAAAUCAUCAGGACUAGUCAGCUUAGCUUCCCCAAAAGAAAAUCAUGCUUGACCAACUUGGUAAAUUUCUGCAAUGAAAUGACUGGCCUAGUAGAUGAGGUUAGAGCAGUGGGUAAUUUUCUACCUGUAUUUCAGUACCUUCUAUCUCUGGCACUGUCUCUCAUGAGAUCCUUCUAGAACAAUGCUGAGUACUGGGUAAGCAGACAGUGAGGUGUAUUGGAAACUGGCUCAAUGUUUGGGUCAGGUUGUGGUGACAGUGCUGCAAAGUCUGGUUGGAGGCCAGUGCUGUGCCCAGGGGUCAAUACUGGGUCCAGUCCUGUGUAACAUCUUCAUUAAUGACCUGGAUGAUGGUGCAGUGCACUCUCAGCAGGUUUGCUGGUGACACCAGACUGGGAGGAGUGGCUGAUACACCAGAGGAUUGUACUGCCACAGAGAGAGACCUUGACAGGCUCAUCAAAAAUGAGUCAGUUUGUCUGAUGUACUGAGUAACACCACUGCAGAGGAGCCCUACUGAAUUUUAUGAAAUACUAAACAUUAAGAAUAUGUCACUCUAGCAAAUGCCUAUUUAGAAGAAUCAGCUAUAUUUAUGUUUGAUUUAUGCAAGCUGUACUAUGUGCCCUGCUGUCUGGAAACAAUUACAUUUGGAGACUGCAUACAGCAGGCUGCACAGUAGUGUGCUCAAGGAAAAAAAAAAAAACCAAAUAUUUUUCUUCUUUAAAAAUGUGUUGUUUUUUUUUUCUUGGAGUGAUGAAACUAACCUGGAGACUGUGACACUGUCAUCUCUAAUAUCGCAGUCUGCAUUUAAUUGGAUUUAACAUGGGGAAUUGCAGGUUGAUUGUGACCACUUUAGUUUUUAAGUAGCACUUAGGUCUGAGAGAAGCAUGCAAAACGUCAGUGACUAUUGGUAUCAGAAAGAGUACAGAUGGGCACACCCAGUGGAAUAAAUCCUCGCACACUUGUGUCAAUUAUAUCUGCUGAAAAAUGAAGUACAAUUUGUUUGAUGGUGGUCUUUUUCUUUUUUACCGGACUUAAAUAGUCAUUCUGUCAUACUUGCAGCAUUCUAUAGCCCUUGUUCCAUCAAUUUUGUGAACUGUGUUUCAACAAAAAACUCGAUUUUUCUGUGUGGCUUUGUUACAUGAUUCUAAUAGUUACUGCAUAGCCUAAAUGAGGGGAAGUGACAUUAGUCUCAAAUGUAGAAUGUUCUCUUUCUUCUUCAGUAAGCAAUGUGUAGUUUAAACAUGACACAGAACUUUACAGCAAGAAAAUUUAUAUUUAUUGAUUCAUGUUUUGCUAAUAUGCGUUUU